AUGCCGAUAUGGUGCCAAGAAAGGUGCAGGCUCUCGAGUCGACCGAACCUUUGUCAUCGAGCUUGCGGUACUUGUUGCGCUAGGUGCAAUUGUGUGCCGCCUGGCACGUAUGGAAACUACGACAAAUGCAAGUGCUAUGCUAGCCUCACAACCCACGGUGGUCGCCGCAAGUGCCCGUAA